GCUGUAUCACACACACGUACGCAGGCCUCGUGCCGGCGCGCCAUUGCAUCGCACCAGCCAGCCUGCCUGCCUGCUCUGAGCAGAGGAGACAGCCAGACAGGGCAGCGAAGGACCGAGAAGCUAGCAACGGCAACGAGCAGAGGCCCGGCACUUGCGCUCCGCUUCCCCCUCCCUCCACCACCUCUCCAGGCCGCCAGCCCACGCCACCACUGACCACCCGUUGCCUGUCCGCCGACCACGCCUCGCGCGACCUGAAUUCUUUCUCGUCUUCCAUCGUCCCUCCGCGCCCCGCCCCGCCCCGGCCGGGCCUCUUAAUUUAAUCUAUCCGCACCGCCGCGCCGCCGCCGCCGCAUCUUAUCGUAUCGUGUACGAUCGCCAUCGCCGACCGGAGAGCAGCAGCCCACCAUGGAGAGGAAGAGCGUGGUGAUGUCGGCGCUGGGGAUCGGGAUCGGUGUCGGCGUCGGCCUGGGCCUCGCGUCCGCGCCCUGGGCCGGCGGCGCCUCAGCCUCCGCCUCCGCCAGGGCCGCGGGGGUCACCGUCGAGAGGGUGGAGCAGGACCUCCGCCGCCUCCUCGCCGACGGCGCCGACAGCAAGGUCACCUUCGACGAGUUCCCGUACUACCUCAGUGAGCAAACGCGUGUUGUGCUGACCAGCGCUGCGUACGUUCACUUGAAACAAGCAGAGAUUUCCAAGUACACCAGGAAUCUUGCUCCCGCCAGUCGUGCAAUCCUGCUGUCAGGUCCCGCAGAGCUCUACCAACAGAUGCUAGCCAGAGCUCUUGCCCACUAUUUUCAAGCAAAGUUGCUCUUGCUAGAUCCUACUGAUUUCCUUAUAAAGAUCCAUAACAAAUAUGGCACAGGUGGCGGCACAGAGAAGACAUUUAAAAGAUCAAUCUCCGAGACGACGCUUGAACGUGUGUCGGGAUUGUUUGGAUCUCUUUCAAUUCUUCCACAAAAGGAACAGCCCAAAGGAACUAUACGUAGACAAAGCAGCAUGACGGAUGUCAAAUUAAGGAGCUCUGAAAGUACAAGCAACUUGCCAAAGCUUAGAAGAAAUGCAUCUAGUUCCUCUGAUAUGAGUAGCAUGGCUUCACAAGGUCCUUCAACUAAUACAGCUCCUCUUAGACGCACAAGCAGUUGGACUUUUGAUGACAAAAUUUUAGUACAAGCGUUAUACAAGGUUCUUCUUUCAGUAUCAAAGAGCUACCCUAUUGUACUCUAUAUAAGAGAUGUCGAGAAGUUCCUUCACAAGUCCCCAAAAAUGUAUCUCCUGUUUGAAAAACUAUUAAACAAACUUGAUGGACCGGUGUUAGUCCUUGGAUCAAGGAUUGUAGAUAUGGAGAGUGAUGAGGAGUUGGACUACAGAUUGACUGUUCUGUUCCCAUAUAAUAUAGAAAUCAAGCCACCUGAAAACGAAAACCACCUUGUAAGUUGGAAAUCCCAAUUAGAAGAAGACAUGAAGAUGAUUCAGUUUCAAGAUAACCGAAAUCAUAUUAUGGAAGUCCUUGCAGAAAAUGAUCUUGAAUGUGACGAUUUAGGCUCGAUUUGCCUAUCUGAUACUAUGUGCCUUAGUAAGUAUAUCGAGGAGAUUGUGGUGUCUGCGGUUUCAUAUCACUUGAUGAAUAACAAAGAUCCAGAUUACCGAAAUGGGAAAUUAGUUCUAUCCACAAAGAGUUUGUCCCAUGCGUCGGAAAUUUUUCAAGGCAACAAGAUGACUGAUAAGGACAGCAUGAAAUUGGAAGUGACAGAUGGCACCUUAAAGGCUUCUGAAAAGGCAAUUGCUCCAACCACUGCAAAAUCAGAAACAAAACCUGCAUCAUCGCUGCCACCUGUUCGACCCCCAGCUGCUGGUGCCCCUGCUCCAAGGGUUGAAAGCAAAACAGAACUGGAGAAGAAGGAUAAUCCACCUCCAUCUGCAAAAGUCCCGGAAGGGACAGCAGAUAAUGAGUUUGAAAAGCGUAUUAGACCAGAAGUGAUACCUGCAAAUGAGAUUGGAGUUUCAUUUGAUGAUAUUGGUGCCUUGGAUGAUAUCAAAGAAUCCCUUCAUGAGCUUGUCAUGCUGCCUCUGAGACGACCUGACCUCUUCAAAGGUGGUCUUCUUAAGCCCUGCAGAGGUAUAUUACUCUUUGGUCCUCCAGGAACCGGCAAGACUAUGCUUGCCAAGGCUAUAGCCAAUGAAGCUCAAGCAAGUUUUAUAAAUGUCUCUAUGUCAACUAUCACAUCAAAGUGGUUUGGUGAAGAUGAGAAGAAUGUUCGAGCACUGUUCACGUUAGCUGCUAAAGUAUCACCAACCAUCAUUUUCGUCGAUGAAGUUGAUAGCAUGCUUGGGCAGCGUAACAGAGCUGGAGAGCACGAGGCAAUGAGGAAGAUCAAGAAUGAAUUUAUGACACACUGGGAUGGCCUCUUGUCAAGGUCGGACCAGAGAAUUCUUGUUCUUGCUGCGACCAACAGGCCUUUUGAUCUUGAUGAGGCUAUUAUCCGUAGGUUCGAGCGAAGAAUCAUGGUAGGUCUGCCAUCAAUGGAAAGCCGGGAACUCAUAAUGCGGCGACUUCUGUCAAAGGAGAAAGUUGAUGAAAGGCUGAACUUCAAGGAGCUAGCAACCAUGACAGAAGGAUAUAGUGGAAGUGAUCUCAAGAACCUGUGCACGACGGCAGCAUAUCGCCCUGUGAGGGAGCUAAUCCAGAAGGAAAGAAAGAAGGAGCUGGAGAAGCUGAAGCGUGAAAAAGGCGAGACUCCAUCGGAUCUUCCAAAGAAGAAGGAAGAGACCAUCACCCUAAGGCCGCUGAGCAUGACAGAUCUGAAGGAAGCAAAGAACCAGGUGGCUGCAAGUUUCGCUUCCGAAGGUGUCUGCAUGAGCGAGCUGAGGCAAUGGAACGAGUUGUAUGGUGAAGGAGGCUCCAGAAAGAAGGAACAAUUAACAUACUUCCUCUGAACAAUAUGAAAAUCUAUGGACCAUCACACGCAAAAAUGUAUGGACAUUUUGGAAAGUAUAGUGCACAAAAUAGUCAUGAGGAAAUAGGCCGAACAUGUAUAAGAACAUGGGAAACGGGGGGAGUGUUAAAAGGACAGGCUCCCAGGGUGUGUCGGAGGCUCCCACGCCAGUGGGCACAAGAAAUCAGGUCAUAAAAGCCACUUUCUGGUGUAGGACAAGGAAGAAGAGUUUUAUCUCCACCUAAAUCCCAGUUUGCCUGUGCUGUAAGUAUUACACUAAAAAUGGGUGUAUGUAUAAACUGGUAGGUUGUGGCUACUGGUUAGCAGCGAAAGGUUCAGGUAGCAGUUUUUAAUCAUUUUUCAUGUUA